UAAAGCAUACAGUUGUAGGGUAAGAAUGGGGUGGACAACUUAUAUUUUAUUCCUCUUCAAUGUGAUCGUCAGCUCCCAUAUACACGCGAUACAUGGCCUUCGUCUUCAAAUCGUAGAAGUUCCCACAGCUGUUCGACGAGGUGAUCCUAUCUGGUUAAACUGCACCUAUAAUCUAGAAACAGAUGACUUGUACUCUGUGAAGUGGUACAAAAAUAACGUCGAGUUUUACCGAUACUUGCCAAGCGAUGAUCCUCCAGCACAGAAAUAUGAUUUGGUAGGAGUCUAUGUUGAGUUGAGCAAGUCUUAUCAAGGAAAUGUAUACCUCUCAAGUUCGGACAUGAACACAGAAGGAACCUAUAGGUGCGAAGUGUCAGCUGAAGCGCCAUCUUUUCAAACAGAACGAGCAGAGAGAGAAUUACAGAUUUACGUUCUACCAAAAGGGGGACCUACGAUCAUCGGGACCAAGUUUCAGUACCAUAUUGGAGACGAAGUUAACGUCACCUGCCACGCAGCUCCAUCUAAACCAGCCGCAACUUUUAAGUGGUACAUUCACGAAGAAGAAGUUUCCCCAGAACUUUUAUGGCAUGCUCCCGUCGUUCGAUAUCGAGAUGGACUUCUUAGCAGUCAGUUGGGACUACAUUUUAUCGUAAAGGCUUCACAUUUAGUGAACGGUGUGUUGAAGUUACGCUGUUUAGCUGAUAUCUCACAAGCAUACUCCAUGACAAGUGAAGAAAUUAUUGUUGGCAAUACUGUCAGGGCAUCUGGACUGUAUACAGCAAUCGACGGACCGCGCAUAGAAGGUGGUUUAACUAAAUACCAAGUGGGAGAUGAAGUUGACGUCAAUUGCACCUCCAGAAAAUCCCAGAAACCUGCAAAGCUAUCCUGGUUCAUCAACGAUAAAAAGGCUAAUACAGGCUUCGUUGUACCAUAUGAACUCCAAACGUACCCUAAUGGGCUAAAAGCGUCGCUUCUAGGAUUGAAGUUUGUCGUUAGAGGACACCACUUUCACAAAGGAGAAAUGAGACUAAAGUGUACUGCUACAUUGACUAAAGUGAUCCAUACUAGUAGCGAAGAGGUUUUUGUGGGCGGAAAUCAACAGAGUUCAGGACUACAUGUAUCUGAAAACGGAAGUGCAGUGGCAGCAGUAAGCAUCUCUUUGAGGCAAUCAUGCUGGAUCACACUCACUUCGUUGUUGCUUUUGUGUCAGAUGUGACAUUACUGAAGAGUAUUCAUAAAAUCAAACAUAAAAACAUCCUAAAGAAACCUAAAGAAACUGAGUGUCUCACGUAUUCUUACAGAAAGCAUGCAGAACACUAUUUGAGGCCAUCCGUAAACUGCUUCUCUAUUUAGCUCCAAAUAUGCUUGUUUAUAUAAUGAUUGGUGAUCUAAUGGUUGUUCUCAUUCUUCUACGGUGGCCAAGACUGUUACAGACAAACUGUGUAAUCUGUGGAAACAUAUUAUGGACGUGAGUGUUAUAAAAAGGAAGUGGGUAUGUGUAUUUUCUCAUCGUUACACACGAAGUGCAUCAAUAACAUCUUUGAUGUAAGCUGUGCCUUGUGAGUGUUUUAUUUAUUUUUUUGGUAUCAAGUAGACAAAACAAAAAAGAUUAUUU